AUGUCAUUUUUUAACUUUUUAAAUUUAUAUAAUAUAACUUAUAUCAAACUUAAAAAAGUUAAAUGUAUUAGAAAAAUCAUAUUUAUUUUUAAUAUUAAUAUAAUUAAACAACUUAAUUGUUUUAUUAUGUUAUUAUAUAAUGUCGGGAAUUAUAAAUAUUAUAAUAAAUUUUUUACCCAUGAAAUUAAUUGA